AUGGCGCAGUCAGUGAAUGAAUACACGCUACCACAAGUUGUCAACAACAAGACAUCUACAUCAAGUCGAAUGACUAUUAGAGAAUAUAGGAAGAUUGGAGAAGGAGCAUUUGGAACAGUUGUAGAAGCUGCAUUACGAUAUGACGAACCUACUGAUGUUUCAAGCACUCACCGACACCACCAGCAACAACAGCAACAGGAGCAACAGGAGCAGAGCAAUAGCAACGGACAUAACGGUGUGAGCAGCAAUGGUGGAAGAGACGAAUGGAUUGGUCCAUUUGCCAUAAAAAGAGUCCCAGCCCAAACAGAGUACAAAUCUAGAGAAUUGGAGAUUUUGCGCGUGGUUCAACAUCCCAAUAUUGUCAGCUUGCGUUUCUUUUUCGAUAAGAAGAGUUCUUCAGAUAACAAGAUUUACCAAAACUUGGUCAUGGAAUGCUUACCAUCAAAUUUACAAUCUGAAAUCAAGUAUUAUCGACAACUGAAAUACACUAUUCCUUACCCGCACAUGAAGGCAUAUACAUUCCAACUUGCAAGAGCAAUGUUGUAUUUACAUGGAUUUGGUAUAAGUCAUAGGGAUAUCAAGCCAUCAAACAUAUUGGUUGACCCAACGAAUAUAAGAUUGAAAAUAUGUGACUUUGGCUCAGCAAAGAAACUCGAGGUUAACCAGCCAAGUGUCAGCUAUAUAUGUUCAAGGUACUACAGAGCACCAGAGUUGAUUGUAGGGUGUUCUUUGUACACAACAAAAAUUGACAUAUGGGGCUUGGGAUGUGUUGUUGCGGAGAUGUUCUUGGGCAAACCCAUUUUCCAAGGAUCUUCUCCCGAGUCACAAUUGAAAGAAAUUGCCAAACUAUUAGGACCACCACCAAAAGUGUUUUUCUUCAAGAGCAAUCCAAACUAUAGAGGAAAUAUGUACUCGACAAAGUUGUUCAGUUGUACUGUAGAGGAAAGAUUUAAACAGAUUUUCAGCAACUCACCACCAGAUGCUAUAGAUUUGUUGAUGAAAAUAUUGGUAUAUGACCCCGAAGCCCGUGCAAGUCCCAGAAGAGUAAUGGCACAUCCAUUCUUUAAUGAAUUGAAAAGCCCUGAGUUUAAGGUGUAUCCUAGAGGCUCUACCACUCCAGUGGACUUGAGUUUGUUCAACUUCACUGAAUUUGAACUGGAGUUGCUUGGUUCAUACAAGGAUGAGUUGAAAAUAAGCGCGUGA